GUCGGCCCCAUUCCCGCGAAGCCCUGCCGCCGAGAUGCCGAUCGACGCCGGCGUGGUCGAGUGGCCCGCCAAUCUGACGGACGCGCUUAACGGCAGCGACCCGCACCGCGAGGACGACUGGCCGCUCGCUGAAUACACCAACUCCACGUUUCUCGGCUCCCUGUUAUCCUGCGCCGUGUGGACAUCCCCGCAGCACCUGCUCUUCCAGCUGGCCAACGGCUGCUUCUUCGUCAGCUACUUGGCUCCGUCGCAGCGCAAGGGGCUGCUUUUCAUGCACGGGAUUCUCAUCCUCGGAUUCUUGUUGUACUCCACGUGGGCCUGGAACAUCAUUUGUGCUCCAGAUGUGUUUUCUUGGAAUUUCACCUUCAUGCUGCUCAACAUGGGUCAGACUCUCUACAUUAUCUACCAGAUGAGGCCGGUCAAGGUCAACAGAGAGCUUGAGGCGAUGUAUGAAGCCCUCUUUCAACCCCUCAACGUACCUCGGCUUUUGUUCAAGAGGUUGGUGUCGGUGGAGUACGCGCAGGUGCUGUCGCUCCACGCGGGGGAGGCGUACGCUAUGCAGAACCUCACGCGCACGGAUCGCCUUGGUCUUCUGCUGUCCGGCAAGGUGAAUGUCAUGGCGGAUAACCAGUUUCUGCAUGCCAUUACCAACAUGCAGUUCCUGGACUCGCCUGAGUUUGAGUCAUCCCGUGCGUCGCUCGACGACAAAUUUAAGGUGUCCAUCAUAGCCGCCACUACGUGCAGGUACGUGUUCUGGCAACGAACGAGCCUGGAGUACUUAUUCGUGAAGGAGCCAUACCUUGCGACUGUCCUGUCCACCAUCAUCGCGAGGGACAUAACCUCCAAACUCUAUAACAUGAAUCAAAAGAUCGUGACCGAGAAGGGGUCCCACCUGGACAUCCGGCUGCCUCUGCUGACGUCAUCGCUGUCGUCAUCGUGUGGGGGGGACAGCUCGCUCCGCUCCCCCGCGCGCUGCUCCAUCAGGUCCGGGGGCGGCGGCGUUGGCUGUGUGGGCGGAGGUCACGGGGGAAGCGACAGCAGCAACGCCGGCGUCGGGUGCACGGGCGGCCUGGCGUCGUCUCUGGCGGGCGUGGCAGGUUUGGGCAUGAGUGCCAAACAUGCUCGGCAUGGGUACACUAUUCUGCCUACGUCAGCCCCAGCGUACGAGGGGCGGGAGCCAGAGGCGCCUUGCCGCGAGGGGGGUCGUGGGGGAACCUUCCGCGACCAUCUGGGCUACCGCGAGAACGGCUACGUGCCCAACGGACGACCCGAGAUGACCCCGCUCACCGAGCUGCCGUCCACGGACUCGCUCACGGACACCAGCCACGACAUCCAGACCUGGCUCGAGGACUCGUCUCGCUACACCCACCAGUAGCCGUCCUGCGGAGCCUUUCUUUCCUUCUGUUCCUUCUGCGUUCGAAGUGCAGGGAUGUGGACGACGCUCAGUGUCUGGGCCGCAGUAUGAAGACAGUUGAGCGAUUUCAAUGAAGUCGCUUUCAUUUACAUUUAUCACACACACAAACACACACACACACACACACAACACACACACACGCACACACACACACAAACACACACACACAGACACACACAA